ACGAGGACCAAUUGAAAAGUUGCCUCUCUAUAACAUACUAAAAGUUAUCUUAAAGGUGAACUUCCCCUUGAACUAGGCUGGGGGUGUCACAGAGAAAAUCUUAUCUUGAGUGCUGGGUACAGUCAGUCUGUACACCAUGUGAUCCAUACCUGCGCCUGAUUGGGCCAGAGCUGAUCCAGUCACAUGAUACAGUGGGGCCUAUGGGGACCCCCAGGGCAAUAGUGAAUGCGCCCCAUGGGUCUCUGGGUACAGUCUGUAUCCAACAUUUGUGUUACAGUUUUGCCCCCCCCCCCCCCGAAAAAUUCUCUGUGGGCACCCAUUGGGUUAAUGUUCUGAGCGGCACCUACAGGGCAGGGGUGACCCACAUUUUUACCCGACUCGACCUGCUGGCCGCCAUGGAACAGGAAGUGCUGCUGCUGCUGCAAACCGGAAGUGACAUCAUCAGGAGGGGGGGCAGACAAUAAAGGGUUAAAGGAGUUAUAUUGUGAGCUGCACCCGUUGCCAUGGCAACCCAUGUUUCUGCAGCUAACCCAAGGGUGCUCCCCCCUAUAACUCCAUACAGGGUUGUGCUGAUACCCAUAAUUGCCCCCUAUAACUGGCAAGUGGGGCAGUUUAAUGCUGUAUUGUAACAGGGUAUAUGGGGAGGCAGUUUGGGCUGAAAGGGCCACCCGGGCCUGAGGGUGAGUAGCAGUCGCUCCGGCACCUCGUAACCUCCUCUUUAUGGGCCAAGACACGUUCAGAACUAUUUUAUUUGGAUUCUUCCAUCAAUCAAAUUGUGGUCUGAGGGUUUCUAUGGAGUAGAUAGGCCCCUCCCUUAGCAACCGCCUGCCCCCAAAAUUACAUUUAAACAUCUCAGAAUUGGCAAAAUUACGGAAAGGGGUAAAGAACCUUAUUAGAGACCCAGCGCCCACAGCUGGAUCCGCUCACCCGGCGUCCACAGCCGGAUCCGCUCACCCGGCGCCCACAGCCGGAUCCGCUCACCCGGCGCCCACAGGUGGAUCCGCUCACCCGGCGUCCACAGGUGGAUCCGCUCACCCGGCGUCCACAGGUGGAUCCGCUCACCCGGCGUCCACAGGUGGAUCCGCUCACCCGGCGCCCACAGCCGGAUCCGCUCACCCGGCGCCCACAGCCGGAUCCGCUCACCCGGCGCCCACAGGUGGAUCCGCUCACCCGGCGCCCACAGCCGGAUCCGCUCACCCGGCGCCCACAGCCGGAUCCGCUCACCCGGCGCCCACAGCCGGAUCCGCUCACCCGGCGCCCACAGCCGGAUCCGCUCACCCGGCGCCCACAGCCGGAUCCGCUCACCCGGCGCCCACAGCCGGAUCCACUCACAGUGCAGAAUUGUGCUGCUGCUGACUGGGGAUCCAUAUGCUCCUCUGGUCCCACAGAACCGAUACCAGCCAAUGAAUAAUGUCACUAUUGCCCCCCCCCCCUCUGCUCGUAUAAUGCUCAGAGCUGGACUGGCACACCGGGAGCGACAGGGUUAAUGGUACAAAUAAUUGUGAGACCUGGUGGGAUGGAACAUGUGACUGGGUGGGGAAUUGAGAUUAUACCCCCGGGGAGACCAUCAAAGACUUGGUAACCAGGAGAAAGGAAGUCCCUGUCCCACAGAGCUAACAAUCUAGUUGGGUGGGUCACUUACAGAAACAAACACAAGACAUAACAGUUACAUAUGGGAAAAGCUCAGGAGGGAGAAAGAACUGGCACUGUUGGAGGGGGUCUCCCAUAUGGAAUGAGCCCCACUAUAGUGACCCCCCCCCAGGCUACUGAGACACCGGGGCACAGUGGGACCCAAACACAAGCGCACCCCUUAUGGCCCCCCGUUAUCUAGAACCCAUUUCCUGCAGGAAACACACAGGUUUCUGAUUAUAGAAGUGAUACCCCCCCGAACCAACACCAAGGAGACCCCCCAAACCAACACCAAGGAGACCCCCCCCAAACCAACACCAAGGAGACCCCCCCGAACCAACACCAAGGAGACCCCCCAAACUAACACCAAGGAGACCCCCCAAACCAACACCAAGGUGAUCCCCCAAACCAACACCAAGGAGACCCCCCCAAACCAACACCAAGGAAAGCCCCCCAAACUAACCCCAAGGAGACCCCCCAAACCAACACCAAGGAGACCCCCCCAAACUAACACCAAGGAGACCCCCCCAAACAAACACCAGGGAGACGGCACACGGUGGUCCCACACUGGGCACAUGUAGGGGCUCGAGUCCCACCCUGCUCUCUCUCUGUCACAUGGUCUCCUCCUCCCCGGGAACCUUGGCUGAUGGGUCUCUUGUGAUAGUGAGAAAUCUCUUGCACUCACAAGGUGUUGCCUCCCUCUCUCUGUGCCAAACCCGAGAGCUUGCACGAUGCUAUUUCCUCUCUGGUUAGAGCGACGGUCUCACACAGGAUGUCAGUGUCAGGCAACAACAUGGCUCAUCGUGCUGUCUCUCCUCACUAUGCCAAGAUCUCUCAUAGAGUGUCGGGCAGCUCCUCUCUACUGGAUCCCCUGCUCUCCAUGGGCUUCCCAGAGCAUCAAGUGCAGAAAGCUCUGGCAGCUACGGGACGGACCUCUGUGGAACUGGCAGCCAAGUGGUUGAAGUCACAUGACAAAGACCCAUCGCUGGACGACCCCAUUCCCCAGGAAUACGUUCUCUACCUUGUGCCCACGGGGCCCCUGGCCGUGACUCUGUCCAACUUCUGGGCUGAGAGUUUGCGGCUGUGUGGGAGGAACAGGGCUCAUUCCUGCUUCCCUCAUAUAACGCUCUGUGAGUUCUUCACGUGUGAGGAUCGGAAGGUGGAGACUCUACAUUGGGCGCUCAGAGCGGCCGGAGAAGAAACCCGCGGCUCCUUCCCUCGCUCCAUCACCCUCUCCCUCUAUUCCUCCAGCUCCUUCAUUGGCUUCUUUAUCAGCGAGGCCCAGGCCUCCAUCAUCCGCAGCUUCAUGGGCAGCUUCUCUGAGGAGGUGGCAAAGGGGGCAGACUGUCCGGUGAGACCGCUCUCCAAGCAGCUGCACCUCACUCUCGCUCACAAGUUCUCGCCCCACCACCAGGGGACACUAGAGCACUUGGCCAAGUCCAUCAGCCCCGCCCAGAGCUGUGAGUGGGAGGCGGUCCUUUUCUCCAGAGACAUGCGAUUUGCUUACUAUCAGACCCUGCGCACUCUCUUCCCAUUUGAACCACAGAAUCCCGAUGAGCUGACACUCACGGAGGGGGAUAUUGUGUUCGUCGAUCGGACCCGAGUGUCGGGGGCGCCAGAGGGAUGGGUAAUGGCCGUGUCCAACCGAACCGGCUGUCAUGGGCUGGUACCGGAGAAUUACCUGGAGAAUGUGCCCGAGACUCAGACUUGGACCCAGCACCGAAGCUACAAGUUCAGUCCCAGCAGGGCCCAGCAGGAGGGCCCCCACAGGGAGGAGUCGGCUGAGACACAGGGGCGGGCUCGCAGCCUUUUCAUAGUGAGUCACGGAGAGAGCGUGGGAGAUGUGUUUGGCAUUGGCUGGGCGAGCGCAGGGCCAGAGGGGGCAUAUUCCAGGUCUGACUUGAACCUUCCAGCUCAUCUGCCCCAAAGGGCACAGGCAGCAGAAUUUGACCUUGACCCCCCCUUGUCAUCGUGUGGGAUAUUCCAGGCCAGCCUUAUGGGUCAGGCCCUUUUGGAUCUUACCAUCCGGUUGGAUCGAGUCCUUUCCUCCCCCGCCCUGAGCUGCAUUCAGACUGCCCAUCAUAUCCUUACAGAGAUGCGCUUGGUUGGCCAAGUCAAGAUCUGUGUGGAUUGGAGGCUGUACAAGUGGGAGGGGCAUGGGGAAAGCCAGUUGCCCCAGUUCCUGUCCCUGGAGGAGCUGGAACAGAAUGGAUACAGAGUGGAGAUCAGUCACAUAACCAGCGGCCCGGCCCAUCAGAACCACAGGGAAGGUGUCCUGCAAAGUAUCAACAAAAAGAAAGGGGGCGGGACUCUGAUUGUGACCAACAGAGCGAGUGUGGCCCCUCCCACUUCUCUGACCCCUCCCACUAAUUAUUAGCCCCACCCACACCCUGCCUCUUUGCCCCUCACUGUGUGACUUUCUCCCAAACAGGGGGCGGGACUCUGAUUGUGACCCACAGAGCCAGUGUGGCCCCUCCCACUUCUCUGACCCCUCCUACUAAUUAUUAGCCCCACCCACACCCUGCCUCUUUGCCCCUCAC